AUGGCCGACUCCGUAGAGCCGUUGCUGCCAUCAGAUCGUGUGUUUGUCCAUGCCCUCAACACAGUCAAGAAGAUCCCCAAGACCGGCGCAUCACGGCCGCCGCCAUCCGAUCGCCUCCGCCUCUAUGGCCUCUACAAGCAAGCGAUGGAGGGGGAUGUCGAUGGUGUCAUGGAACAACCCACCGCUGGGCCGUUCCUCACAGCCGAAGAAUUGCACAGGGAGAGAGACAAGUGGGAUGCUUGGAACUCGCAAAAGGGACUGAGCCGAACGGAAGCCAAGCGCAGAUAUGUGGAGGCGCUUAUCGAAACUAUGUACCGAUAUGCCAACACAUCUGAUGCCAUCGAGCUUGUCACCGAACUAGAGUUCGUUUGGAACCAAAUAAAGCACAACUCUCCAAGCUCAACCGAUUCAUCGCCGAAGGCGCCCGCGUCCAGCAAGGCCCCUAGGACGUUCCAAGAACCUUUGAGUGGCACUGAUGGCCCUAUGAAAAUAUUGAGCCCCAUGAGCGAGCAAGACGAAGCUGAAUUGCGAUCUCAACGUAUGAUGGACCUGGACGAUGCCGUGGAAGAAAGCCGAGAGCCAGAAAGCCAAGACCAAAAGUCAUCGCGAUGGCAGAAAAAGGUCGAGCGCGCCGUUACUAAGCUGUCGGCAGAGGUUGCCGCUUUAAGAGAACAGAUUUCGACUGGUAGGGAGUGGCGAUCAAAGAAAGAGCGAAGCUUUCCUGCGUGGUUUGGCUGGCUUCUCUGGAUAUUCCUGAAGCAUUUGCUUCUGGAUUGCGUCAUUCUUUCCAUUGUCUUGUUAUGGAUGCGGAAACGCAAGGACAGGCGCUUGGAAGACUUGGUCCGGUCUGCACUGAAGAUUAUACGAGAAUAUGUCCGAAAUAUUCUGCCGUCGAGGUGA